AUGAAAAUGGCGCCCAGUUCAAAUACUGAUGCGGACGAAGGAGUUUCAUCCCUACAAGACGAUACCAAGUACGAUUUUAGGACCGUUCCAGCCCAAGCUCUAGAUGCCGUAAGAAUGAGACUCGCUCAGCUCACUCAUUCAUUAGCCAAGAUUAGAGAUGAAAUGUCCCGAACAGAACUUCCCCAGUGGUAUUCGGUUCAAGUCCAAGUGAAUGUUAUUUUAACUCAACUCCUGUCACUCACUACUACAAUUAAUCACUUUGAGGAAACACUGGAUUCUAUCGUUGUGUAUCCACUACCCAAUUUCCCCACAACAGCUCACGAGGGCUUGUUGACAACUUUGCUAAGGAAGAAGAAUAUUCCUGAAGUUGAUGAAUGGAUUAAUGAUGCUAAUGAUACAGCAGCUAUUGAUUCCGCAUAUAUUGGCGAAGAUGAGAUAGAGAAAAUGCUGCAAAAUGACGAGAAUGUAACUAAGUGGGCGUUAGAAUUCCUGGGACAGGAGCGUGGGAACUAUGCAUUCCAUGGAUUAAGUACCGCAAAGCAGUUGGAACAAGGAAUUGGUGUAAGAACUGGUGAUGGGUAUAGUGCAAUUUCCUCAAGUCAUAAGCCUAGAAAACCUUUUGAUGUUGACGGUGUUUUGAAAUACCUUCAUAAAGGUGCGGCUUAA